GACCAAGCAUUUCAGCAAUCCACCUUUGUUACUGCGGGAAGGCACUUCCCAGGGAUAAGACAGUAAGACAUGGCUGAGCAGAAAAGCAAGAGAGACUCCAUUGGAAUGGGUGUGAAGGGAUGCCGGACAAACAAUGGGUUUGUCCAAAAUGAAGACAUCCUGGAAAAGGACCUGGAUCCAGGCAGCCGAGCGGACAGCCCACAGCACUGCACCAUGGGCAUCCUUGGCCCUGGGGAGCCCGACUUGAAGGACAUCCAGCCCUACGCUGGGAUGCCCAAGGAGGUGCUGUUUCACUUCUCAGGCAAGGCCCGGUACCGGGUGCCCCGUGAGGUCCUCUUCUGGCUCACCGUGGCUUCUGUGAUCGUGCUCACUGGGGCCACCAUAGCCAUCAUCGCCAUCUCUCCCAAGUGCCUUGACUGGUGGCAGGAUGGACCCAUGUACCAGAUCUACCCAAGAUCGUUCAAGGACAGCGACAAGGAUGGCAACGGAGAUCUAAAAGGUAUUCAAGAUAAACUGGACUACAUCACAACUUUAAAUAUAAAAACUGUUUGGAUUACCUCAUUUUAUAAAUCAUCCCUUAAAGAUUUCCGACACGGUGUUGUAGAUUUUCGAGACAUCGAUCCCAUUUUUGGAACAAUGAAAGAUUUUGAGAAUCUGGUUGCAGCCAUACAUGAUAGAGGUUUAAAAUUAAUCAUCGAUAUCAUACCAAACCACACCAGUGAUAAACAUGCUUGGUUUCAAUGGAGUCGUGCCCGGACAGGGAAAUAUACCGACUAUUAUAUUUGGCAAAACUGUUCCCAUGAAAACGGCAUAACCACACCACCCAACAACUGGUUAAGUGUAUACGGGAAUUCCAGUUGGCACUUUGACGAACUACGAAACCAAUGCUAUUUUCACCAGUUUACAAAAGAGCAACCUGAUUUAAAUUUCCGCAAUCCUGAUGUUCAAGAAGAAAUGAAAGAAAUUAUACAGUUCUGGCUUGCAAAGGGUGUUGAUGGCUUUAGUUUCGAGGCUGUUAAGUUUCUUCUAGAAGCAAAGCAUCUGAGAGACGAGGCCCAAGUGGAUAAGACGCAGACCCCGGACACAGUCACACACUACUCAGAGCUGUACCAUGACUUCACCACCACGCAGGUGGGAAUGCACGACAUUGUCCGGAGCUUUCGGCAGACAAUGGACCAACAUAGCAGGGAGCCUGGGAGAUACAGGUUCAUGGGCACUGAAGCCUAUGGAGACAGCAUUGAUAGGACCAUGAUGUACUACGGGUUGCCUUUUAUCCAAGAAGCAGACUUUCCCUUCAACAAUUACUUCACUAGGCUAGAGAGUCCUUCUGGGAACAAUGUGUUUGAGGUUAUCACAUCCUGGAUGAAACAUAUACCGGAAGGAAAAUGGCCUAAUUGGAUGAUCGGUGGACCGGACAAUGCCCGGCUGACUUCUCGUUUGGGGAAAGAAUAUGUUAACAUCAUGAACAUGCUUGUUUUCACACUUCCUGGAACUCCCAUUACCUACUACGGGGAAGAAAUAGGAAUGGGAAAUAUUUUAGCCACAAAUCUCAACGAAAGCUAUAAUGUUGAUACCCUUCUCUCAAAGUCACCAAUGCAGUGGGACAAUAGCUCAAAUGCUGGCUUUUCUGAAGGCAGUCACACCUGGCUACCCAUCAGUACAGAUUACUACACUGUGAAUGUUGAUGUCCAAAAGACUCAGCCCAGAUCGGCAUUAAUGUUAUAUCAAGAAUUAAGUUUGCUUCAUGCCAACGAGCUGCUCCUCAACAGGGGAUGGUUUUGCUAUUUGAAGACUGACAGCCAGUUUGUCGUGUACACAAGAGAAAUGGAUGGCAUAGACAGAAUCUUUCUUGUGGUUCUGAACUUUGGAGAAUCAUCACUGCUAAAUCUAAAACAAAUGAUUUCAAGUAUUCCCACAAAAGUAAGGAUAAGAUUAAGUACCAAUUCCACCAACAAAGGAAGUGAAGUGGAUACGCAAGCCAUCGCCCUGGGCAAGGGAGAAGGUCUCAUCCUUGAAUACAACACGAAGACUCUCCUCCAUCACCAAACAGAUUUCAGAGACAGGUGUUUUGUUUCCAAUCGGGCAUGCUACUCCAGUGUGUUAAACAUACUGUACAGCUGUGCUAGACACCUUGAUGAAAGAGACGAAGACACUGGCAUUCUGUUCUGUUCUAAGCAUCUGCAGUAACUUUUGUACAGCGUGCUGCUGGGUAAACUUUAUGAACAGUCAAUAGUCAUUAAUUCUUUGAUAUUUCUGUAGCUUGAAUGUAACUGCUUUAGGAAAGGUUCUCAAAUGUUUUUAAAGAAUAAAAUGUUUAAAAG